AUGAUCAAUGUCAAAAAUCGUCUUCAGAAAAUACGCACAACGACGGCUCAGUUCAAAUAUAUACCAAACGCAGACAAUCCUGCGUAUAUCGCUACUCGAGGUACGACUGUAAAGAAAUUGCAAAGCAGUUGGCUUUGGUGGAACGGUCUUGAAUGGAUCAGUCGAGAACAGAAUGAGUAG